UGCUCCUGUGCACCAGCAACAUGUCACUUCACAAGAGCGAGUCCUCCAAAGAUUGCAAUGCCACUGAUGGUGCGCCAAAACUGCCGCUGCCCGUGUUGAAGGACACAUUGGACACCUACCUGAGAUGUGUGAAACACCUGCUCACCGACGAGCACUUCCGAAAAACCCAGGAGGCGGUGAAGCGCUUCGGCGCCCCUGGAGGUUUGGGGGAGCUACUGCAGUGCAAACUGCUGGAGAGGAGGGAGAAAAAGGCCAACUGGGUGUACGACUACUGGUUGAACGACAUGUACCUCAACAACAGACUGGCGCUGCCGGUCAACUCCAGCCCCGCCAUGGUGUUCCCGCUCCAGAAUUUCACAGCUCCCAUCGAUUCUCUGAGGUUUGCUGCCAACUUGAUCUCUGGAAUUCUUGAGUACAAAGGUCUGCUUGAUGCACAUGCGUUACCUGCCGAGUACGGCCGAGGUCAACCUGCCGGAACCCCACUUUGUAUGGAGCAGUACUAUCGGAUCUUUAGCUCCUACCGUCUGCCGGGCCAGACGAGGGACACGCUUGUGGUGCACGACGGUAGAGCGACGCCAGACCCAGAACAUGUCAUUGUGGCUUGUAAGAACCAGUUUUUUGUGCUGGACGUGAUGAUCGAUUUCCGGCAUCUGAACGACCGAGACCUCCUGACCCAGCUGAAGAGGAUUGCGAAAAUGGCUGACAACCUAGACGAGCGCCAGCCGCCCAUCGGUCUUCUCACCUCCGAUGGCCGCACGGAGUGGGCGGAGGCUCGCGCCGAGCUCAUAAGAGAGUCGACCAACAGGGACUCUUUGGACCAGAUGGAACGCUGCCUUUGUUUGGUCUGCCUGGACGACGGCAGUAAGGCCAAGCUGACCGACGCCGCUCGGGCCAUGUCGAUGCUGCACGGGGGAGGAGCGGCCGUGAGCGGGGGCAACCGGUGGUACGACAAGAGCAUGCAGUUUGUCGUAGGAGCUGACGGCUGCUGCGGAGUUGUGUGUGAGCAUUCGGCGUUUGAAGGGAUCGUUCUGGUGCAGUGCACGGAGUACCUUCUCAAAUACAUGAUCCGCAGCCCAUCCAAGCUGGUGCGGGCUGCGAGUGUGACCGAGCUGCCAGCACCGCGACGACUCCGCUGGAAAUGUACCCCGGUUGUCCAUAAACUCCUCGCCUCAUCUGUGGACAGACUCCACAGACUUGUGAAGAAUCUCGACAUGAACGUUCACAAGUUCCACCAUUACGGGAAAGAAUUGAUCAAGAGGCUGAAAAUGAGUCCAGAUGCCUUCAUUCAGGUGGCUCUUCAGCUGGCGUACUACAGAUGUCACGGCAGAGCAGUUUCCACCUAUGAGAGCGCCUCCACACGUCGCUUUAAGGACGGCCGAGUGGACAACAUUCGCUCGGCCACGCCGGAGGCCCUGGCCUUUGUUCGAGCAAUGACCGACGGGAACGUGAGCGCACGUGAUGCAAAGAUGGAGUAUUUACAAGCCGCCAUAGCAGCACAGACAAAGAAUUCGACACUGGCUCUCAUGGGGCUGGCAAUAGACAAUCACCUACUCGGAUUACGCGAGAUGGCACAAGAUCUGAAGAUUGAGAAGCCGGAGAUUUUUCAAGAUGAGGCCUAUCGUAUCAGUCAUGAGUUCAUUCUCUCCACAAGUCAGGUACCCACCACUAUUGAGAUGUUCUGCUGUUACGGACCCGUGGUCCCGAAUGGAUAUGGGGUGUGCUACAACCCUCAGUCGGACCAUUUUGUCUUCUGCGUUUCCAGCUUUAGGGAGAGUCCACACACGUGCUCGUCGCAAUUUAUCAAAAGUCUGGAGCGGGGGCUAUUAAACAUGAGGGAUUUGUUUCACAAAUGCAAUCUGCGUGAGCCAAGACAUAGUCCUACCCUGGAGCGAUCCACGGAGAUCCCAGCUGAUCUGAGCAAGAACCAGGAAGCACUGCCACUUGCUCUUGUGCAGACACUGAGCCAGACUAAACUGCAAUCAGGAGGUAAAGCGUAA